AUGGAUCUUCCGUUAAUCCUACCUGGCUUUGUAACGAAACCCUUCGCACACAUACUCCCUCCCCUCGAUCGAGCUAAAGUCACCACUGUCGACCUUAUCACACUUGACUCUCUUGAGAUCGCAAAGCGUGCCCGCGUGCCUCCCGCAGACGUUCGCCGGCUCUCCUCCCGCAUCGUCGAAGCAUUGCACACCGAUGUUGGCCUCGAAAAGCCACAAAUAAAUACAGGGAUCAACGAUGGACCCAGCUCCAGUAUAAACCCUGAUGUGGCGAGCAGGACAACCGGCUCGACUAAGCGCGCGUUACAAUGGAACACUAUAAGCACUCUUGACCCUGCUAUGGAUGCACUCCUCGGAGGCGGAAUUCCCACUGGGUAUGUCACAGAAGUUACGGGCGAGAGUGGAAGCGGCAAGACCCAGUUCCUUCUAAGCCUAUGUCUGGCCGUCCAGCUACACAAACCACACGGGCUACGGCGGCGUGCCAUAUACAUAUCGACAGAACACCCACUAUCUACGCCACGACUCUCACAGCUCCUAGAAUGCAACCCUAUCCUGUCAUCUCUCCCCGCUGAGCAGGCACCUUCGAUGCAGGAUAUCCUAUCGAUCAACGCCAUAGACCUGGAGUCACAAGACCACAUCUUGAAUUUCCAACUUCCCGUCGCCAUUGAACGCUAUAAUAUCGGCCUGGUCAUCAUCGAUUCAAUAACGUCCAAUUACCGCGCUGAAUACACAUCGCACGACUUCCAAUCCGUCACCAAGCGAUCAUCCCAGCUCAACAAACUGGGCCAUCUACUGCGCACCCUCGCCGUAAAGGAAGACGUCGCUAUCGUGGUCGCAAACCAAGUCUCCGACCGUUUCGAGGAUCUAAAAAGCAGCGAGCAAACUCCACGAGCAGGGUUGUCCAUCCCAAGCCAAACACCAGGCCGUGGAUCCGGCCCUGUCUCCCCCCUCCCAAAAUCCCGAACUGAACAGUUAGCCACUAGAAAUAGCCAGCCACCGUCAUCUUCCCCUGCCAUCUCCCCAUCACCAUACCACGCACCAGACGAUAAAAACUUCGACGGCUCGUACCUGAUUGCUCCUCGAGCACGCAAUAGCAUGUUGAAUUUGGCUCACCAGGAGCGAUUCCACUCCGGCUGGGGUGAUGGCGCGUACCCAGAGAGUGGGUCCAUGAAGAAGCCGGCGCUGGGAUUCGUCUGGUCAACACAGAUCGCCUGUCGAAUCGCGCUGAAAAAGGAAGAAUCCCAUGUAGGUGUUUCCAUGGAAGACCAUGCAUACAUGGCUACCCAGGACGCAUUUCAGUCCCAAAGCGGAGGAAAUGACAACACCAAUCGGGACCCGGACUCAAUAGCAAUGCCUGCCCCAUCUCUCAAGAGCAGAGCUCCUGACUCGCAGAACCAUCAAUCUACUCCACACUUGGAAUCCACCACGCGGAGGACGAUGAAACUUGUGUUCUCGCCGUGGACGGCAGGUCCCAAGGAUACACUGAGAAAUGGUCAACCGAGUAGAAGAAGUGGCGAGGUAGAGUUUGAAAUCUGGAAAGGUGGCCUGAGAAGUAAAAGUCAUGACUGA